CUUGGAUUUUUCUGCGAGUGUCGACUGUAUUAUUUUAUAGGGUGUAGUGUUUAUCAAAUUUCCAAGCGACAGUGACUGACGACGCUAUAACAAGAAAUAAUUUAUUGCUAAAUAAAGUGAAAAAUAUUUGUUUAUCACUAUUUUUUGUGAAGUAUUACCGUACAAAGAAAAGUAUCCAUAAUGCCUAAACAUAAACCUUUGUGAGAAAACGUGCCACAGUGCGUGAAAAUUUUACAGUAAGAUUGAAUGAUGAAGAGUGUUUUUGAGUGCUCCAAAAUUGAAGCCCCCCUAACGGGUGCUUUCGAUAAGCAUCGUCUUGCUGCUCUGGCCUUCCUCUCAGCUAUCUCCCUUGAUGGCAUAGAGGAGGGUGUUACUGAACCGGCGUGUCAAAUAACAACAGUCGCCUCCAUCGAGACACAAUUGCCGGAUAAUGAAGACACAGCAGAUGAAGGGGAUGGAAAGACAUUUGCUGAUGAUAUUCGAGUUGAAACAGGACGUAGGACAGCUUUCCGGACGCGUGGUGAGGACCGACUGUCCGAGAGUUCAGACUCGGUUAUUUAUUCAAUGGGAAAAGGCGCUGUUUCAAAUACUCCCCUUAGAGAACGUCUAUCCAGCCAACCUAAUGAGAUUCUAGUAAGAUCACGAUUGGGAUCAUCAUCAAUUCGCACAAGUGGUGCUACAAAAAGGGCAAUUAUGCUUCUUAAUGACGAGAGGAAGUCAGACAUUCACAAUAGCAGUUCAGAAAGCUUAUCUUUAGGUCGCUCAAAGAAUGUUCAAAUAUCUGAUCCAAAGGAAAUACGUUUCGUUGGAGCUGCAAGAUCACAUCAUUUCAAAGAUGAUCGUGUCCUUGUGUCCUCCAAAAAAGUCCCUUUUCUGGUCUACUCGGCUUUGCCCUACUGUAAAGGACGAGAUGCUAGGAAAGAUUUUGGUACAAGACGUCGAAACACCUCUGGACCACGUCCACUCUCAGCUAUCAAUGACGCUCCUUUCGAUGCCUUUGAUCUCUUGGGAAUUGAAAAGGUCGAUGGGAGUAUUGAAGUAUCUUAUGGGCAUCUUCUAGUGCCCUCAAAACCAGGUUACAAGGAAAAGAAACAUUUGAGUACUUAUGGUACGAUACCUGAGGGUAGCUUUGAGAUUACCUCAACGAAUGCACUGAAAAAUCAUGGAAUGGCAAGGUGCUUUACUUACGAUAGCCACUCAACUGCGAAACCAAAUGCAUCCAGUCCUUCGCAGAUUUGUGAUGGUAAAACUGCAAGUGUUGAUUUGGAUGAGAGCUUGGAAAAUCGUCAGCAAUCAUUGCAGUAUUCAGCCAAUUUGCUGGAUGAUCCAGAAUUGAUUGCUGGAAAGCACCGAACUCUGCUGACCUUCACGUCGUAUAUGACAUCAGUGAUUGACUAUGUGCGGCCGUCUGAUCUUAAGAAAGAACUUAAUGACAAAUUUCGAGAAAAAUUCCCGCAGAUUCAGCUUAGUCUUAGCAAAUUGCGCAGUAUUAAGCGUGAAAUGAGGAGAAUCAAUAAGAUGGAUUCGCGAGUGGAUUUGCUUACCAUAUCUCAGGCCUAUGUGUACUUUGAGAAGCUCAUCUUGGCCAAUUUAAUUAAUAAAGCCAACAGGAAAUUGUGUGCUGGUGCUUGCCUUUUGCUUAGUGGAAAGUUAAAUGAUAUCAAAGGGGAUGUUCUCAAAAGUCUCAUUGAGAAAACUGAGAGUGUUUUUCGCUUAAAUCGCAAGGAGUUGAUAGCUUCAGAAUUUGCUGUUCUUGUGGCACUUGAAUUUGGUCUUCAUGUCCCAAUUAGUGAGAUUUUUCCACACUAUCAGAGACUGGUUUAUGAGUCCUAAGAAAAAAACAACGUAAUUCAAAAUCCUGAAAGAUUCAAAGUUUUUUUUUUGUUUAAUUACUUAAUUGGACUACUUCGAUUACUUAAAUAAAAUCUUAGAAUUUAGUAUGCUGAUUGACAAAGAAAAUAUAUAUGGAUAAUUUAUGUAUAAUGUAAAAUGGGAUUUUCUGUACAAUAUACGUUUAUUUGAUUUUUCCUUCAA